AUGCCUAUGUAUGAACUGUUCCCUAUAACUCAGUUUUUCAAGCAAUCCGCUAUCCCUCGUUUCCACGGCACUAACAGAAAACCCAGGAAACUCGAGGGAAGCUGCCAAUGCGGCGGCAUCGAAUUCACCCUCCAGUCCCAGACGCCCGUGCCAUACCAGCUCUGCGCCUGCAGCAUCUGCCGCAAGGUCGGCGGAUACAGCGGCAGCGUAAACCUCGGCGGCAUCGCCGACAGCCUCGAGAUUCUCAAAGGCAAGGACCUGAUCAAAAAAUACUCCGGAAUUAAAGAUCGUGGCACACCUAACGAAGAGCGCUGCUCCUCCGAGCGCAACUUCUGUUCGAUCUGCAGCACCAUGCUGUGGCUGUGGGAUCACCACUGGCCCGAACUUAUUCAUCCGUUUGCUUCUGCUAUCGAUACCGAGCUGCCCGUACCGGAUGAAAUGGUCUGUGUUAUGGGUGGAUCGAAGCCGGAGUGGGUACGGUGGCCCGAGGGGAAGAAGAGUGUGCAUGAGCUUUACAACGAGGAUAGUAUCGAGGGGUGGCAUAAAAAACAUGGGGUUUUCGUCGAGUGA